AACAUAUUAUUAUUAAGAGUAAGUAAGUAAAUACGAUUAUCAUUUUCAUAUUCAGUAAUGUUGUUUCAGUUUCCAGUCGACAGGAAUUAGUGCCCCCCUCACCCACCAGCUCAGAGCCUCAGUGCACAAGCUGAGUCUGAGCAAGAAUGGGGGAGGAGCUGCAUGACAACCAUGCAGUGCUGAUGCUUCUCUGUCUGGUUCUCAGCCUCUACAUUCUUUGCGUCCUCUGGGCCAGGAACCUGGACAGGAAAGACUUGCAAAAGUUGGCAGUUUCCCCGCUCAUUGAUAACGCUAACAGUGCCUGCUUCUAUGAGUUGACAGUGUACACGGGGUUGCGUCUUGGGGCAGGUACCCAGUCCAAUGUCAGCUUUGUACUGGCUGGUAACCAUGGAAACACUGGGGUCAGGCUCCUGGGAGAUGAAAAAGGACAUAAGCCAUUUGUCCGAGGGUCAAUCAACAAGUACCUGCUGGGUGUAGUUUGUCCUCUAGGCCCCCUCUCACACCUCCAUGUCUGGCUUGAAGGCUCCGGGAUAGGACACCAGAGCUGGUACCUUAGCAAAAUUGUUUGUCGGGAACUGUUUUGCAAACAAAAUGUGUAUGUAUUUCCAUGCAACCGCUGGCUCACUGCGGAAAAAGAGGUGCACCUCUUACCAGUUGCUUUCAAAGAUUUGACCAGAUUUGGCAACAUUUUCUUCACUGAAACGAGAAAAUGUUUGACUGAUUCUCAGUUAUGGAACUCUUUGUUGUCUCAGCCCACCAGGAACAAUUUCACACGUGUGCAACGAGUCUCGUGCAUUUUCUCUCUUGUGAUGAUGUCCAUGUUAGCAAGCGCAAUGUUUCAUCAGGUAGCCAAUGUGGCUACAAAUUCCCAAGGAUAUACACUCGGUCCUGUGAAGUUUACAUUACAUGAAGUUUACAUCAGUAUUGUAUCCAGUGUUGUAGUUUUUCCAGUAAGUUUAGUGACUGAUCAGCUAUUUAGGCGAAGUCAGGUUAGAGUUCAGGUAAGAGAUGAGAUUAAUGCUUUGAAACAACCAUCUUCAGCAUUGUCGUUAUUUAGAAACCUUUCCAGAUUAAAUGCAUAUAGAUCCAUGCAGAUGACUACAUUCUGCACAACAAUAUGUAAACAUACAGAAAAUGUCGAAUAUCACAACAAAACAAACAUGUUCAAUAGAAAAGGUUUGUUUAAAUAUCAAAAAAUGGAAAAUAUAAGGACUAAAAGCAAUACCUUUUUAACUUCCCUGAAAUUGAAUGCACAUUCUUCAUUUUCAAAUCUUUCAAAUGUCCAAAUUAGUUCUGCAAAUGUAAGGGAGAGCACUCAGUUUAGUUCUGCUAAUAUAAGGGAGAGCACCCAGUCUAGUUCUGCCAAUAUAAGGGAGAGCACUCAGUCUUGUUCUGCCAAUAUAAGGGAGAGCAUGCAGUCUAGUUCUGCCAAUAUAAGGGAGAUGACUGAGAUGAGGACAGUAAAUAUAAGGGAGGUCACUCAGCCCCAAGGGCUUCUGCUCCCCCACUGGUGUGUGUACCUAGCCUGGGGCCUGGUGGUGCUCACAUCAGCCCUUUCUGGAUCCCUCACAUGGCUGCUCAGUCUACAGUGGGGCAGGGAGAGGUCCCUGGCAUGGCUUACAUCAAUGCUGCUAGCUGUGCUCGAAACCAUUAUGAUCCUGCAACCUAUGAAGAUCAUCUUAGUGGCCAUGUUUGUAGCAGCUCUAAAGCCAAAAUCAGAUGAGCUUACAGAGAGGGGGGAGUGGCGGGGUCACGACAUUCCAAAUACUGGGAAUGAAGGUUAUGAGGCCACACCCAGUGAGACAGAGACAAGUCUGGGUGAGAACUUCCUGCAUCAUAAGAAGCUUCCAGAAAUUCAAAGCAAGGGUCGACAUGACCCUAGGAUGUUUUGUAUCGUCCAGGAGAUUGCAUUCUGCGUGAUGUUCCUGCUGAUCCUCAUCCUCAUUGCCAACCAUCACAGGGACAAUUACUCUUACAGAACAAAAGAAACCAUUUUAAAUGUCCUCUCAUCAAGAAAUAACCUUUCUAUGAUACGCAGUAUCCGUGGUAUCUGGUUAUGGCUGAAUAACCAGGUGAUACCUGCCCUCUACCUGGAGAAGGACUGGAACAACCGGCCCCUCUCUGGGGAUGACAGAGGACUCAUAGCAACACAGGGGCCCCUUCCAGGGGAUGGUACAGGAGUCAACAGGCCUGUCCCUGGGGACGGUAUGGGAGUCAUAGACAACAGGUCCCUUCCUGGGGACGGUAUGGGAGUCAUAGACAACAGGUCCCUUCCUGGGGACAGUACAGGAGUCAUUGACAACGGGUCCCUCCCUGGGGACAGUAUUGGAGUCAUAGCGACACAGGCAGCCUACAGGGUGGGGCCUGUCAGACUGAGGCAGCAAAGAGUCACACCUGAUGUGUGUAAGCGUGCUUGCCAAGUAGUGCGGUAUGUCACCAGAUGCAGAUUCGACUGGUUCCAUGGUCAUGAUGACACAGGGGACUAUCAGGAAGGCUGGGUUGCCAGGGGUAACCACUCUAAGAACACAACCAGUCCCAGCUCGUGGGUGUACCACUCCUUCGUGGACCUAGAUGGAAUACCCUACCUAGGAGAGCUCAGUGUGUACAACGGGGGAGGCUAUGUAACUGAUCUGAUUGGUUCACCAGGUCAUGUGACCCAGAUUACAACUCAGCUAGAACACCACAACUGGAUCGACCAACAUACGCGGCUACUCACAGUCGAGUUCACUGUGUACAACCCUAACACAAACCUGUUCACAAACGUCCAAAUAGCUUUUGAACUGCCCUCUAUGGGUCAUGUUGUAACCCGCUCCCAAAUCUUCACGUUCCGUUUGUUUCCCUACCAUGGAGGCUAUGGAAGAGUCAUGAUGCUUUGUGAGUUAGCUGCCCUUGGCUGCAUGCUGUAUUGUAUUGGUCUUCAGGUUAACCAGCUAAGAAGAAACGGCAGACAACAUUUUCAGAGGUUCUGGAACUGCUUUCAAUUUCUAACAUUGCUUGGGUCUGUGGCAUGUAUGGUAAUGUAUGUGGUGCGGCAUGCAUUGACAUCCAUUACCCUUGGAAAAUUGAAACAACUGCAAGGUCAGUUUUACAACUUCCAGCGCCUUGCUGUAUCGGACGAGAUGUAUCAGACUCUGCUGGCCUUCCUAAUAGUUGCCUCCGUAGUGAAACUCAUCCACAUUCUACGCUUCAACAGAAGAAUGUCCAUGCUGUCGAACACCCUUAAACUGUUUACUGGGGAACUGUCUAUGUUUUCCCUUGUAUUUGCGGUUGUCAUGGUUGCCUUUGUAUCCUGUGGACAUUUCCUGUUUGGAGCCAAAGUUGUGGGUUUCAGGAGCUUCAUGAAAGGCUGUGAGACCAUGAUGUGCUUCAUGCUCGGCAACAUUGACUUUCAGUCCAUAGUCAGCAGUCAGCACAUACUUGGGCCAGCAUACAUCUUUGUAUUUUUCUCCUUUGUGUUGUUCAUUUUGAUGAACACUUUUGUGACAAUAUUGAAUGAAGCCUUCACUGUGGUGCAUAAGGAUGUUGUGUCUGAGAAGAAUGAGUUUGAGAACUUAGAGUUUGUGAGGGGCCGCUUGAAGGUGUGGCUUGGAGUGGGAUUGGAUAAGAUGUUGGCAAUCUUGAAAGAGAGAUUCUGGAAAAAAAUUAAAAGUAAGACUAAGGCCUCCCAUACACAACAGUACACGUUGACUGACUUGGAUCAUCGGCUGGACCGUCUGCUGUGCAUCCUUGACAACCAAGGUCUGGGUUGCCAUAGUGAUACAGGAGCAAAAGAGCAAACGGGCACUGUGGGGAUGGUCAUGUUGGAGCACGGGAAACUGAGAGAUUGGGUUUGAUGCAAUAAAGCCUUGAAUGUGGAUACCAGCCUAACUGGAUGGAAAAUUUGUAUACUGAUUUUUAAUUUCUUAUAAGACAAAUAAGUUGUUCUUUAACUCCACAUUAGUGUUAAAUUAUGAAUAGAUCUAAAUCUAUUAAAAUAUAGCUGAUUGGUUGAUUACACUCACUUAUUUGGAUGCAAGGAUUUGUCAGAAAUUUUGGUUUGUUGGAUAUUGUUUAUUUAAAAAAAACUGGUUUUCAGAAACAAUUGGAACGUAUAGUUGCAUUAAAUUUAUUGGUACAUGUAGUAUGAUUAAAUCUAAAAUUGUUGCGAGAAAAUUGAUCUUCAUUGUAAAAACUGUUUACAAGUCACGAGGUCCACUUACUGCCAAAUUGUGGCACUUUAUAUGAGCCGCACUCUUCAAAAAUGGCACUUAACCCAUUUAUGCUUAGUGGACUCUCCCAUCCUUCUAAAUUGAAUCAAUUUAUUUCCAAUAUGAGGGAUGUCUAGAAUAUUUAUUUCUAUAUUUAGAAUAUAUCUUACAGAAAUUCCUUUAAGCAAACAGCGCAGACCCAGAUGAGAUGCCGCAUCAUGCGGCGUCUCAUCUGGGUCUACGCUGUUUGCCAAGGCCUUUUUUCUAGACGCUAGGCAUAAAUGGGCUAAUACAUGUGCGUAAAGUUUUAUCCCAGAUUAGCUGUGCAAGGACAACACUUUUCGUUGAUUUUUUUUUCAUUUGAAGGAAGUCUGUUUUCAGCCAAAAUCCAAUUAAGGUUAACCUUGUAAUAGCUAAUUGGCCUGUGUAGACUGUACAUGCUUAUCUUGCGCAUGACUUUAGCCCCAUGACUUUAGCCCCAUGACUUUAGCCCCAUGACUUUAGCUCCAUGACUUUAGCCCUAUGACUUUAGCCCCAUGACUUCAGCCACAUGACUUUAGCCACAUGACUUUAGCCCCAUGACUUUAGCACCAUGACUUUAGCCCCAUGACUUUAGCCCCAUGACUUUAGCCCUAUGACUUAAGCCCCAUGACUUUAGCCACAUGACUUUAGCCCCAUGACUUUAGCCACAUGACUUUAGCCACAUGACUUUAGCCCCAUGACUUUAGCCCCAUGACUUAAGCCCCAUGACUUUAGCCCCAUGACUUUAGCCACAUGACUUUAGCCCCAUGACUUUAGCCCCAUGACUUUAGCCCCAUGACUUUAGCCCCAUGACUUUAGCCCCAUGACUUUAGCCCCAUGACUUUAGCCCCAUGACUUUAGCCCCAUGACUUUAGCCACAUGACUUUAGCCACAUGACUUUAGCCCCAUGACUUUAGCCCCAUGACUUAAGCCCCAUGACUUUAGCCCCAUGACUUUAGCCACAUGACUUUAGCCCCAUGACUUUAGCCCCAUGACUUUAGCCCCAUGACUUUAGCCCCAUGACUUUAGCCCCAUGACUUUAGCCCCAUGACUUUAGCCCCAUGACUUUAGCCCCAUGACUUUAGCCCCAUGACUUCAGCCCCAUGACUUUAGCCCCAUGACUUCAGCCCCAUGACUUUAGCCCCAUGACUUUAGCCCCAUGACUUUAGCCCCAUGACUUUAGCCCCAUGACUUCAGCCCCAUGACUUUAGCCCCAUUUUCCCAGAGGGAGGCUCAUAUGAAAUCUGUGUAUUGGACAUUAACAAUUUUGUGAUGCUUGAUAUGCUGUUUGUCAAUCCCUCGAUUACACUUUCUUGCCCAGGCGUGCAAUUUAACUACUGGCUGAAAUUUAAACCAAACUUUGUGAGAAGCUUCAUAACAAAGAGCAGAUGUGCAGAUUACAAAGACAUUUUGCUUCUGUGAUAUCUCUCAGAUUUUUGGGACAUCUGAAAUAAGUGUAAGUUACAAAAUCCUUGAUUUGCUGGUCCAAAAUGUUUCUAAGGGCAGAUGUUCGAAAAAAUGUUUUCCCUUUACAACUCAAAUACUCUGUUAGACCUGUUUAAAGUCCCUUGGAAAAUCAAAUUAAGGUUUUGACCUAUCAAAAUAGAUGCACAUUUUAAAGGCUUCAUUUCAAACCAAAAAAACGAUACUGAUAAGAAGAAAACAGCAUAAACACUGAACAGAUUGCACAUUACGUGUAUGAUUGUUGCAUAUAGCCAUUUCUUCGUUGCGUCUGAGUGAGGAAGGGAAGCUUGAUUAACUUAAGAUCAAGCAUCUUGUCUGUAAAUCUUAACUGUAUGACAUUCAAUAUUACUGCAUGGGAAUUUUAAUAAAUAGGACUAAUAACCUUUUUAUGCUCCCCCAUUUUGGGGGGGAGCAUAUAGUCACCGCUUUGUCUGUCCGUGUGUGCUUCUGACUGUCUGUCCGUCUGUGCACAAUUUUUGUCCGGGCUAUUUCUCAGCAACUAAUGACCGGAAUUCAAUGAAACUUUAUGGGAAGCUUCACUGCCAAGAGGAGAUGUGCAUAUUAUCAGCGGGUUCUGGUCGGAUGAUUUUUUACAGAGUUAUGGCCCUUUGAAAUUUUCUAUUAAAAAAUUAUUGUCCCCCCAACUACUGUGCCCUCAAGACGUUUCCUUUUAUCUGAAUAUAUAGUGCAAUAUUGUGACAAAAAAAAACUUUGGGGAGCAUCAUCCGUCUCCGAGGGUUUCUUGUUUCAAUAAGUAGCCAUCAAUUUGAUUUACAAAAGCAUAUUGUGGAGCAUCCAACAUUUGUGUUAAUGUCUGUAAUAUAUGUGUUCACCAUGUUAUGUUUGAUGUGAAUCACCCUUUAAGUGCCUUAAAACUGGUUAUAAUUUAAGAUGUGUUAAUGUUUAAUAUUAGUUUUUAGA